UAUUUUUAUCACAAAAUUGUAUAACCAUGCAUCCUUCAUUGAUCGCUCCAUACCUUUCUCGCAACAUCAGAUUCUCUGCGUCAUGUUUCAACGGCUUAUGGGUCACCUCGUCACUCGCACUCGCACUCUCAAUCAGCUCGCCCGAGUCACGCCCUUCAUUCAUCGCCAUAAAUCUCUCCUCGUAGCACCAAUUUCUUGUUCCCAAACCCUAUCUUCCCUCCAAUUCUCCACCGACACCUCCGCCUUCACCCACCACCCGGUCAGGCUCCCGGACGAUCUAUCUAAAGACCUGAUUGUCCUCUCGUGCGAGUCUUCAGCUGAAGGCGGCGUCUGCCACGUUUACUUGGUCGGAGUCUCUCAUGGCACCAAGGAAUCAUACAGACGAGUUCAGGCUACAGUGAAAUUUCUGAAACCGGAGGCCCUCUUCCUAGAGUUGUGCCAGAGUCGUGCUUCAACUCUUACCUGUAAAAAUUUCAAGAGACACGUACCCACUGUGAAAGAAAUGGUUACACAAUUGAGGAAAAAAGAGAACAUUUUUUCAGUACUUUUGGGUUGGUUCCAAGCCAAGAUUGCUGAUGAUCUUCAUGAAAAUGAGUUUCGUGUGGCAUAUGAAGAAGCCAUCAAAUAUGGAGGCAAAGUGAUACUUGGUGAUCGCCCUGAUAAUAUUACAUUAAGGAGAUUUUGGAGUAAGACCCCACUUUGGCAUAAAACAAAAUUGUUACUCCUUUUACUUCUCGGGGCAGUUAUUAUACCCGGCUCUGAUUAUCUUAACAAUGAGCCGAAGUUAAGGGAUGACAGUGUCAUGAGUAAGUGGUUUCCGACUUUCGUGGAGAUUAUUGGGCAUGAACGAGAUCAGUACAUGUCCUCCACAUUAUUAAAAGUGGCGAGUGAAAAUAGCUCAGUUGUUGCUGUUGUUGGAAGGGCUCAUUUAGAGGGAAUAAAGAAGCAUUGGAAGCAACCUGUCGUGAUGAAUGAUCUCAUGACAGUCCCAUCUGUUUAACCAGCUGUAUCUGCAAUAAGAAUCUUGAGAUCCGUUGGUGUUGUCGUGGCUGCGGUGGCCAUUAUAUCAGGAAUUGAAAUAACUGUUAUAAGAGAUGAUGGGGUGGCUGGGCUGGUCAUUAUUUCAUGCAAGAAAUAACUCUUAUAAGAGAUGCUGUCAUCCACCACAACGUUGAUGUAGGAAUUGAAACAUGUAUGAUGUAGCAGUUGAGUCAACCAUCAACGAAGUUGAUGCAGAAGCUAUUUAUCCCUUUUUCGUAUCAAGCAAGAAUAACAAUUCUUUUUGAAUCUUUACAUAGAAAUCAUGUUAUACAACACUAAUAAAUACUCAGUCAGAUAGUUCCAUUUUAACAGGAAUUCCAAGGGAGAUAGAAAAUGGUCUAAUUACAAUUUUUUAUUCUUGCGC